GAGCUUCAAGCUGAUCUAGUUGCUUAUCGAAACUUCCAUUUCCAUGUACCUGUACGUUAACUUCCCCGCUUCUCAUCAUCACUCAAUCAACAACCAACACGUACCCAUUCCCCGACCUCAACUUUCAUCCCAGUCGUCCACGUUACAUAAUAGAAACAAAUCAAAGGUCCACUCAAAUUCCAAGUCCACGGCGGUUACCCACCGCGUUUUCUUUUUCUUGAUCCUUCCAGUUACUUUCAAAUCCCCUCCUAUAUAAACAAAUCCAGUUUUUUCUCUCAAUCCAAACAAAAAUCAAACCAACCAAAAAUUCUCUCAAAACUCACACAAAUCAAAAAAAAUUAAACAUUAUUAUUUACAAUACGAUGACGAUGAUGUCGAUGUUCAGUUCUUUUGAUGCCUUGUGUGCUGAAUUUUACGGUCAGAAACUCAAGCUUUCCGGUGGUCCUUCUAGUGAUCAGCAACGGAACCCUAAAAUUUUGGAUUCGUUGAUUGAAAAGAGCGAGACGGAAGGAAAAGAGAAAAGUUUGGUUUCUUCGGCUUUAAGAAAAGUAAAGGGAUCACCGUCGCCGCCACAGGAGCGGAGAAGGCCGAGAUUUGCGCCGGAGUUGGAUGGGGUGCAUUGUUUUGAAACUAUUCUUCCUUACUGAUUCAUUUUGAAUUAACUGAAUCUGUAGGGUUAAUUUGUAUUUUGUACAGUCACUAUUUAUAAUUAAUUAUUUUGAAGUGUACGAUUAUUUUUUCUAUCUUCAUAAUUAAUUUCAUGAUUUGAUUCUCCACUGUUUCUGUAAUAGAAAUAGUCAAAUUUAGUCCAAUAUUAUUAUUGAUUUUGUUUUUGAUAAUAAUAUUUUAGAAUUUAGUA